AACAAACAUCAAACAUUUACGAGAGUGCUAAAACAAACAUAAAAUAAUGCAACAAGAGAGAAUAUUUCGGUAGCUGAGUGCUACUGCAUAGGAAAAUAUAUAUUUAAUUAGGCGAGCCGUUAGUCGUCUUUGGUAAACGAGAAUGAACAGAUCGUGGCUGUUGAAAAUGCUUUCAAGUGUAGUUCACGUAAACGCUAGUGUGUAAUGCGUCUCGCCGUAGGCUAUUUUUGGGACUAUUUCUGGGAUUUAUGGAAAAAUGUGUGGAAAUUAUGAUAAACUAUUAAACUGUGUAGAAAUCAAAAUUGGCAUAAUAUCGAUUGACGUUCAGAUGUAUGUAUGCGUCGGAGUGAGGGUAUUAAUCUAUCAAUAGCAUUGACAUCGGAUGAGUCGGUAGGCUAAUUACAUAAUGGUGGAUAGAAUAUAUUAGAUAUCACUUUAUUCUAUACGAAAUCCAAAAUGCCAAAAUCCGUACGAAACUCGCGUCGUAACAGCCGCGCCGGUUCCUCAAAUUCGUCCUCCUCUCCCAGCAAUCAACCGCGAAAGCGUGUCAAACGUUGUUGCCGUAACUUUGUCACAUUUAUGUGCACGCAAGUGGGCGUGGGCGCGUUGAUAGUACUGUAUGCCAUCUUUGGCGCACUCUCCUUUAUGCAUAUAGAGCGUGAAUAUAUUGACGAGACGACAGCCUAUGUCGCUGAGUUGCGGAAUAAUUGUGCGGAGAAAAUGUGGAAUAUCACUGAAAAGUUCAACACUUUUGAUCGCGCUGAAUGGCAAAACAACACGGACGUAAUAUUGCGGCAAUAUCAAACAGAAAUUGCUACGUUGAUAAAAAAUGGCUAUGUGGGUCGAACGCCGGAGCAAAUUUGGUCCUUUCCUGCGGCGUUGAUGUUUUGUCUAUCAGUGAUUACAAUGAUCGGAUAUGGUAAUAUGGUGCCACGUACACCGUGGGGAAAAGGAUUCACAGUUAUCUACGCGACAUUCGGUAUACCACUCUAUAUACUCUACUUCCUGAACAUGGGCAAAGUAUUGGCGGGCUCAUUCAAAUUUCUCUAUCGCAGCAUGCACGAGUGUACGCAGGAGCGAACAGUAUAUGAAUCUCGUCUAGAUGCACUGGAAAAUGGAAGCUUAAGCGGAUAUCAACGCAAGAAAAUUAUUGUACCAUCAACAGCUUGCCUUUGGGUAAUAAUAUCCUACAUCCUUACCGGCACCGUUAUGUUUGCGAAUUGGGAAAAAUGGUCCUUUCUCAACUCCUUCUACUUCUGCAUGACUUCCCUGUGUAAAAUUGGGUUUGGAGAUUUCGUACCUGGAGCGUCAUUGAUCACUGCAGCUGAUAUUGAUGCGGCAGCAGUGAAAAUAAAAGAAGAUGCUUCUGCCGAUCCUGAAGAAAUUUUUAAUAUGCAAUUAAUAACCGAUCAAAAUUCCAAAUUAGCAAUCAAUUUCUUUUAUAUGCUUAUCGGCAUGGGCCUGGUAUCAAUGUGCUACAAUUUGAUGCGUGAGGCGGUACGCAUGAAAAUAAAUGAGAUCAAAGAGGAUACGAAAUUGUGCCUGGAAGAUACGCGUAUACGUUUUAUGGGCUGCUGUGGGACGCGUGAAUACUAUGACGACGUUUACUACUAAAAUAUACCAUUUAAAGACAUACGAUAAUAUUUAUUUUGUGUGUUGAGUGGAUGUAAAAUCGACGAGUAAAGAGGAAUGUGAAUUUUUAAUAAUGUUUGGAUUUUUUAUCAACAAGAGGUACUUAAGUGGUCAAAGCCAUUGACCACUAAUAUGAAAUUAAAUGUGUGUACAAAUAUAAAUAUUUACAAUUGUGCGUUAUUGCGGGAAUGUUUUGAUAAUCGUUGUGCUUUUGAAUCAUUAAUGUUUUUUUUUUUGCGUUAAACAAAAUGUAUAUGGCAACUGAGUACAAAUUCGGCAAAAAGGUGAGGAUCGAUUUUUCAACAAUACUUUAAGUAUAAAUCCACAACUCAACAUCUGCGGGUUGUUUUUCCUAUAUUAGACCUUGCCAUACUUAAUAUAAUAUUAUUAGCAUAAAGAGAUUGAUAUCCUAAAAAAUAGCCUGUGGCGAAAAAAAUUAAACAAUACAGAUCGGUGGUAUUCAAUGCAGACAUUCAUGGCUAAAUAAAAGGAGAGCUCAUUAAGAAAAAUAAAAUAGUAUGUAGAUAUGUAAAUGUUCCAUUCAAUCUUAAGCGUAGAACAAUUAUAAAAUAAAAUAUGUAUGUAUGUAUAUUGCAAACAUUACGCGAAUAUAAUACCUUGUUACAAAAUCAAGAAAAUUGCACGAACAUUUUAAGCGACAGAUUGCAGGUCCUAAGCCUAGUCGAGUGUUGUUUUUGAAAAUCCAUUAAACAUCUUGAAAAUCUCCACUAAUUCAUAAACUAUUCUUAGCUAAGGUUUUGCUAGCAGUUUUAAUUUAAAAUAUGGGUUUAGUUAAAAAUUUUAAAAGAAAUAAUAA